ACCGCCGCCCCCCCGCUCCGGGAUUUGCUCCCUAAUUGACCUAAAUAAGGAGCUCGUGAACGGCGGCCCCGGGGUGGCGCGCGCGCACACGGACACACAGACACACACACGGACACACAGACACACACACGGACACAGACGCACACACGGACACAGACGCACACACGGACACGCACACACAAACAGACACACGCAGACGCCCGGCAGCGCCCGGCGCCCGCCGCUUCCCCCGCGCAGAUCCCAUUCGACGCGGCGCUCCGCCCACCGCAGGAUCCCCCGCUCCUGCCCGCCGUUUAACUCGCAUGACAUUUUUAUUUCGUUAUUAGCGUUUUCGCACAGAAUCUGGCGCCUCCGAUGGGUUGUCGGGCUGCUUUUUUUUUUUUUUCCUUCCCCGUUCCCUUCCCCUCCUCCCCCUCCCCCCUCCCCUCCUAGCUUGCAGGAAAUGAUGGCAAACCGCGAUCUGAAAUGAUUACUCCGGAAAAAAACGCUUUUAUACCAGGAGAGCAUCCACGGGGCUAGGCAGAGGCGAGAGGCGGCCGCGGGGCAGCGGGGAGCCGAGGAGCCAGCCGCCGGCGAAGCCGGGACCCCCUCCCGCAGUUCUCUCCGACGAUGCCGGACGAAGCCACGGAAAACGCCGGCUCCACCUCCGCCCGCGUCUCGUCCUUCUUCAUCGAGGACCUGCUGGGCACCGAGGGCACGGCGGGCGGCGGGGCGCGGCGGGCGGCGGCGGGCGGCGGGGGCGCGGGGGGUGCGCGCUGCGGGCCGCACUCUCCGCUGCGCAUCGGCGCCCCGGGCUGUCCCCUCCGCGACGCCGCCGUCGGCUGGUACCGCCGGGCGCACGCCGCCUUCCUGGGCUGCGCCAGCCCCGACACCAGCGACCGAGACUCGCCCGAGCUGCCCGAGGAGCCGGCGGAGCGGGCGGCCGGUGGCGGGCGGGCGGCGGCGAGAGGCCCGGCGGGCGGGCGGCCGGGGCCGGGAGGCCGCGAGGAGGAGGAGGAGCGCGGCGAGGAGCCGGGGGAGCCGGAGCAACGCGCCGCCGGCCGCAAGAAGAAGACGCGCACGGUGUUCAGCCGCAGCCAGGUGUUCCAGCUGGAGUCCACCUUCGACGUGAAGCGCUACCUGAGCAGCUCCGAGCGGGCCGGGCUGGCCGCCUCGCUGCACCUCACUGAGACCCAGGUGAAGAUCUGGUUCCAGAACCGCCGCAACAAGUGGAAGCGGCAGCUGGCCGCAGACCUGGAAGCGGCCAACCUCUCCCACGCAGCCCAAAGGAUAGUGCGGGUCCCCAUUUUGUACCACGAGAACUCGCCGGCGAGCGCCUUGGGCUUCACCCUGCCGCACAUGUCGCCCCCCUUGGUGGGCUUCUCCAGCGGCGUCAGCUAUCCCCUGGGCACCUUCCCCGCCGCCUCCCUCCCUUUCCUACGGUCGCAGAUGACAGGACUCGUCUGAGCGCCCACCUCUGCCGGGACCGCGGCCCCCUCGCCCCCUCCCUCGGCUUCCAGCUCCACCCCCAUUCCUCCACGGACUUUUUAUUUUCAACUUACACG